CACAUGCUCCAUUCGCUUCAUUCGGUCGUGAUUCCGUCAAAAAGCGAAUUGUUUCUGAGGUUAACAAUGUUUUGAUCAUUUAUUCCGUUCGUUGUAUUGUUUUUCUAAUAAAAAUAUAAACAAUGGACAUUCUAAAAGCAGAAAUAGCUAAAAAACGCAAACAAUUAGAAGAGAAACAAGUAUUGGCACCAAAUAAAAAAUACUUCAAACGCGGCGAUCUUGCUGCCAAGGAACAUGAAGAAUACCAACAAAAAUACGGCAACAAGUACAGCACACAAGACGACACCGAAAAUCCCAGCGCAAAUGAUUCUAAUUACGGCCUAGAAUAUUCAGAAGCAAAUGUCUUGCCCAGGCAAGAAGUCAUUACCAGAUUAAGAGACAGAGGAGAACCUAUUUUACUUUUUGGAGAAUCAUUUAUAGAUGCAUUUACCAGACUUAGAAAGGUAGAAAUUGCUGAACCAGAAGUAAAUAAAGGCUUCAGGAAUGAUUUCCAAGAAGCAAUGGAAGAAGUAGACCAAGCAUAUUUAGAUGAACUUAUUGCUGGUGGUGGAACAAAAAACAACAAGGAACAAGGCACUGUAAGGGAAGGUGAUAGACAAGAAAAUGUCAAUACAUAUGAUGAAAUAAAAGAAAUGGCUAAGAGAAUAGGCAGAGGUGACAGAGAUCAUGACAUGACUGUAAUCAUGCAAUUCCUGGAAUUAUUACUAAAAAUGUGGAAUGAUCAACUUCAAACCAGAAUGGUGGAAGACAAGAGAUCCACAAAAGGAAAACUGGCAGGUGCUAUGUAUACUCAAACACAGGUUUAUUUGAAACCUUUGUUGAGGAAAUUGAGGACUAAAUCACUUCCAGAGGAUAUUUGUGAUAGUUUGACAGAGAUUCUGGAACAUUUACUAAAUAAAAAUUAUUUGAAGGCAAGUGACGCAUAUUUACAAAUGGCGAUCGGUAACGCCCCCUGGCCGAUCGGUGUAACUAUGGUUGGUAUUCACGCACGUACAGGACGCGAGAAGAUUUUCUCCAAGAAUGUUGCGCAUGUGAUGAACGACGAAACGCAGCGUAAAUACAUUCAAGCUCUUAAACGACUUAUGACCAAAUGCCAGGAGUAUUUUCCGACCGAUCCAUCGCGUUGUGUUGAAUACACCGGGCCAGUGUCUAAUCCCGCCACCUCGUCUGGUGGCGCUAGUUAAUACUUUAAAGAUGGCGGCAUUACAACUCCGAACAUCUACAUAUUACUUUUACGUUAUUAAAUUAAUCAGAAAUAA